UUCUGGAACUCUGAGCGUUUUUCUAAUCAGUCGUGCAUCUCCGUAAUAGAAACAGCAAGUUUAGAUGAAGCUGGUUUCAAACAUGCAGUGUAUUAUUAUUUGCGGUUCAAUUAACUGAAGAGGUUUUGUAACAAAUGAACCAAAAAGUUGGAAAAAUUUACUAGUCAGUAUUAUGACAAUGUUCUGAAAACGCGAAGCAGUCCUGUGUGCAUCUUGAUCGGUGUAUUUUUUUUUAAUAGAACGGUUCAAUUCGUAAAGCCAGCCAGUGGUGAAAGGAAUCAACUGACAAGUUAGAGUCAUUACAGACGACGAUGAGUUCAUCGUCAAAACGAGACGUAGUAUAUUUGUGGGAUCCGGAUGUGGGCAACUUUCAUUAUGGCCCUGGCCAUCCAAUGAAACCACAGCGGAUAGCAGUUACGCACAGCCUAGUUCUUAACUAUAAUCUCCACACAAAGAUGCGAAUAUAUCGACCCUACCGAGCCAAUCCGCACGACAUGUGUAAGUUCCACAGUGAAGAGUAUGUAAACUUUAUCGAGCGGGUAACGCCGAAAAAUAUCCAAACAUUCUCGAAAAGCUUAACACAUUUCAAUGUUGGUGACGACUGCCCCGUUUUUGACGGACUUUACGAUUUCUGCUCCAUGUACACUGGCGCUUCGAUAGAUGGAGCGUGGCGUUUAAACAAUAAAUCAUGCGAUAUUGCUAUCAACUGGUCGGGCGGAUUACAUCACGCCAAGAAGUUCGAGGCAUCUGGUUUCUGCUACAUCAACGAUAUUGUAGUCGCUAUACUUGAGCUUUUGAAGUAUCAUGCCCGUGUUCUUUAUAUCGAUAUUGACGUUCAUCAUGGCGAUGGUGUACAGGAAGCAUUCUACUUGACGGAUCGCGUCAUGACAGUAUCGUUGCAUAAGUACGGCGCCUACUUUUUCCCUGGAACUGGCGACAUGUACGAAGUCGGUGCCGAAUCGGGCAAGUACUAUGCGUUGAACGUCCCACUAAAGGAAGGCAUUGAUGAUGCAUCCUACUAUCAGGUCUUCAAGUCAGUGAUCUCAUCGGUUAUUGAACAUUACAAUCCAGGAGCAAUUGUUCUACAAUGCGGAGCAGAUUCACUGGCUGGAGACCGAUUAGGCUGUUUCAAUUUAUCGAUCAAAGGCCAUGGCGAAUGCGUUCGAUUCGUCAGAGACUUGAAUAUUCCCUUGCUUGUCUUGGGCGGUGGUGGUUACACAUUACGCAACGUAGCUCGGGCCUGGACGAACGAGACGGCUAUCUUAGUCGAUGAGCAGGUAUCGUCGGAGAUACCCUUCAACGAGUACUUGGAGUUCUUUGCGCCGGACUUUUCGUUAUAUCCCGAUGUGAAUACGAGACAAGAAAACGCAAAUUCGAAACAAUACCUCGAGCAGAUCAUCAAGUAUACAACGGAGAAUCUUCGUUGUCUCGAUCAUGCUCCGUCUGUCCAAAUGCAAGACGUGCCACCCGAGCUUGCUGACCUUGGCGAUGUUGAUCAGGAGGAGAAGCGAGAAACAACUAAGGAACAUCCCGCCGAAUUUUAUGACUGAACAAAUGAAUGCUUAAUAUGAAAUAUUGUUAAGUUUCGGUAAAGCCCUCGCAUCGUGGCGUCCAAUCUAUAUUUCUGGGUAGCUUAUAGCUAUAUUAAUGAAUAUUUCAUUCGAGUUACAAAGUAACUUUCUAUAUCGUGCCGAUUCUCUUCACUGUUGGUAAUACUACUAUUAAUAUUAUUAUUAUUAAUUUGCCAUGUACUGAUGCCUCUUUGGUACAAUGUAGUGAACUACCACGUGAUUCAUCGAAUUUACUAUAAGUUGUGUGUAUAACCGCGUGAAGGACAAACAAGGACUUCAUUCCCGAUGGAGUGAUCGACUUUUUGUAUAAUUUUUCUAUUUGCACACUUGCUAACUGGCCUUUCCAAACUAACUCGGUUUACCUAUAAAUAAUUAUUAAUCAUUUAUCAACUAUAGGAAAACAAAGAAAAAUAAGUACCCAAGCUUCUCUAUAAAAUUAGCGGUAUAUCUUCUACAUGGAAGUUGUAGGGUAAACAAGUUUACAGAGUGAAACUCUAUGAUUAUACAUAUGAGGGCCCCGUAGAAAGCUUGGCUACGGCGGCUAGUUUAAGUUAGCUGUAUGAUACAUAUCACAGCUUCAAAGACAGUUGAGGAAAGAGCGCUAUAAUACAAUAUACGAUUGUAGUGUCCCUGGUAAUGUUAUAAGUGAAAGAAAUCCACUAUUUACUAGCUAACGUACGAUAGGAGCGCUGCGUUAUUUUCGAGUAUUACAAGAUUCUAUAUACUUCAACGAUUGUUACAUUUUUCACGUACUGCUCUUCUUUAACAAAUAAAUCAAACAUUUAUCUGUUGAAAUCCGGUAUAGACUAACCAGGUUUCUCUAAAGGAUUAAUUGCAAAUCGUAAGACGGAGUGUUACCAUUUGCACAGAAAAUAAUUACACCAGUGUUAGCGAGUAAUGUUGCCCAAAAAUAAGGGCUCACGUCGUUUAUAUGCAGAUUAGCUUAAAUGAACUUGCAGAACUUAAAUUAAACACAAGUUACUAUUAAAACGGAGACGUACCGGCGGUGUUUAUGCACUGACACAACAGGAAAGUUAUUACAAAGUCAUUAAGAGCCCUAUAUCAUAUUAGCAGUAUUCAAUGUAAUAUAGUUAGCACAAAGACUGAUACCAACCUGCUCACAUGGAUAAACCUCCGCUCAUUAUGAAAAUGCAAUUCUGCAUUGUUAGAUGAAUUUCACUUGUGUAUUUUGCAAAGAGUGUCUAAUGCUCAGUUGGACUUAUUAUCGCAUCCAGUUGAACUUGUACAGUACGCAAAACAUCUAUGAGAACGGGUGAAUCAGUGGACUCGUUUUUCAUUGUACACUUCAUUACGCGCCGCUUAGAUAGUACAUACCCCAUAAAUAAAAUGUAGAGAAAAAGAAUUGCAUGGGAGAAUGAUAAAAGGUCCUAGUUAUCUAGUGAUCUACUUGUUGUAAAUAAAUGGUAAAUAGAUAAAAGGAAUGGCAGAUGCACACUUAAUAUGCAGGUAACAA